AUCGGCGCCGAGGACGCCGGGCUCCGCAGGGCACGCCUGCAGCUGGAGAGGCUCGCGAGCCUGGAGAGCUCCGGGGCCGAGGAGCCCUUCUGGGCCAGGCCGGAGAUGGAGUUCGACGAACGCGGCCUGCCGCCGGUCGGCACCGUGCUGCUGGCGCACCCAGCGGCCUACUUCGCCGGCGAGGGCGGCCCCGAGCAGCUGCCCGCCGCCCUCGCGCGCACCGUGCGCAGGCCAGGGCUGCUGCCAGGGCCGCGCGCGGAGAAGCGCAAGGGCACCUCGGGGCUGCUGGUGUGCAACCUGUGGACGGGGCAGCUCCUGGGCGACCUGCAGUGCACCGAUUUCAUGUCGCGGCCGCUGCACCUCGGCGGCCCGCCCGAGCGGGUCGACCCGAAGCGGUUCCUGCAGACCAUGACUAUGCUCCACCCCUACCCCGACAUGCCGGGCGCGCGGCAGAUCACGUCCGACGGGCUCGCCGUCAGCCACAGCUUUGCGGAGGCGUGCAGGUGGAUCAAUGAGGGCCCAGGCUCGUCCCUGCGCUUCCGCUUCUUCGCCAGCGACGUGCAUUGGCCACCGGAGGAGGAGGGCGAGAUGUCGCCGCGGGCCGAGGUCUGGCUGCCCGUGCGGUGCAGCCGUGACCUGCUCCUGCGGGAGCCCGACUCCGCUUUCGAGGAGCCCGUGUGGGCGCAGCUGGCCGAGCGCGCCGGCGGGGAGGCGGCAGAAGCCGCGCGGCGGCACUUGCUGCUCGCCAGGG